CUCGACUAAGAUUCCUUUCAUAACAUUUACCAUAGCGUUUCUUUAAUCUAUUGUAAUAAAUACUCUAAUCACAGUUACAUUAACAACAACCAGCUCCCAAACAAGUACUGCACAAACUACGUUUGAAAAUGAUCUGGAUUUCUAGAAACGUUUUAGAAACUUCUAGCCUUGUACCACAAACCAAGUGGGUGAACGGGAGGAAAAAAAACUUGUCCAAUUCUCAGGGAUUUAAUUUCCUUACAUGUAAACCAUGCUUGAAAUCACGAGAAUGGAAUAGACAUUGCGCGCUAUCUGGUGCGAUAUUUUGAUAACAUAACAAGAAAUACUACGUCAGUCUGGAUUGAAAUAUCUAGAAUUGAGUCACAGGAAACGCUAGCAUCACACAUCGAUCCAAGCAUCUAUUCGCAUCCAGACUACGUGCAGUCUACGUUCCGGAAGCUAUUUCUUCGUGCAUUCGCGAUAAACAGAACAUACUAUCAAAAUGGGAGUACCUGCUGGUGAUGCUGAGAAGGGAAAGAAGGUCUUUGUACAGAGAUGUGCUCAGUGCCAUACUGUAGAAGCUGGUGGCAAACACAAAGUUGGACCAAAUCUACAUGGACUCGUCGGCAGGAAAACAGGACAAGCAGCAGGAUAUGCUUACACCGAUGCCAACAAGGCUAAGGGUAUCACUUGGAACAAGGACACGCUGUUCGAAUACCUGGAGAACCCAAAGAAGUACAUUCCGGGCACAAAGAUGGUGUUCGCUGGAUUGAAGAAACCCCAAGAGCGUGCCGAUCUGAUCGCUUACCUGGAACAAGCGACCAAGUAAAUUUCGUACCGUCAAUUAUUAUUAUACGGUACCAAAUGUCAGGCGCUCAUGACGGGUUACGAAGUAACAAUUAGUGCAAUUAUCAUCGACUGUUACUUCCUGGAGAACCCGUAUCAUAAACUCACUCCCAACUCUUCUGGUACUCGUAAGCGUUCGCGCAACAGCUAGUAAAGAAUUGUUAUUGUUAAUAAGUAGGUAAACAAAUUAUUGUAUCUAUGUACAUUAACGGGGACUGGGAUCACUCCAGUGCCAGUCCUUACGGUUCGAAGAAAUUCGUAUGCCGGGUGCUGGACGCCACGGUUUCCAGACACCGUACAAUUAUUUAUUCUCAUUGUACCGAUCAUGCUGCAUUAUCGGCCAUUAUUAGUAUCUAUAUCUAAAUACAAAUUUGACAACUGACAGUAACAUAAA